UACUUCGGCAGUUGAAGAGAAAGCGUGAUCUAACUAGAAAGUUUGGAGAAACGAUCAACGCGAAAAAACGUGAUGAGUUUAGUUGAGAGGCGAAAGGUUACUUUUAUUUCAUAAAAAGAAAUCUCCUUUGUAUCCAAGGGUGCACAACUCGGUUCUCUUUUGACAUUGGAUCGCGAUAGAGCCGAAGUUUCACGGCACGCGAAUGGACGUCAUGUUGGGGGAUCGUCGAGCCCUGCUGAUGAUAGUAACAUUACUAUCUGGUUGUCUCGUUUUGGCUGACGAUGGUUUUAAAAUCGAAGACGAAGUAUUAGGAAGCGGUGCAUUCGGCGUAGUGAGGAAGGCACAGGCAAAGACGAUCUGCGCACGCGAAACAGUCACGACAGUUGCGGUCAAGACGGUCCGACCGACGGCCAACCUGAACUGCAUGAAGGCCCUUCUUCGCGAACUCAGGAUUCUCGUUUACUUGGGUCAACAUCUGAACAUUGUCAACCUUCUCGGCGCGUGCACAAAAAAUAUUGAUUUGGGCGAACUCUUGGUCGUCGUCGAAUACUGCCGGUACGGGAACUUACACGACUACUUGGUGCGACGCAGAGUCAACUUCAUCGAUCAAUUGAACGAUUCCGGAGAAAAAAUAUGCGUUUCGGCUGCCCGUGAAGACGCGAUCAAGGUCGAUGACGUUGGUACAAACACGGACAGCCGUUCCGAUGGCAAUUCUACAAUAGUAAACUGCUCGAAUAACGUUACUUCCAAGACUACGGAUGCAAGAGUGGACGACUGUUCCCCGAGUGUCAGUUUAACGGAACUCAACGCGCCGUUGAAGUAUCCAGGUGAUCGGACGGAUUUCAACUCAAGGCCGACGUGCACGCACGACUUGGUGUGUUGGGCUUGGCAGGUUUCUUGUGGCAUGCAGUAUCUCGGCGCGAAAAAGAUCAUACACGGUGACUUGGCAACCAGAAAUAUACUUCUCGCCGAUGACAACGUGGUAAAGAUCUGUGACUUUGGUUUGUCAAAGUCUCUUCGGGAAGAAGAGAAUCAGAAGAGCACGGAGAAUGGUCCUCUCCCCGUCAAGUGGAUGGCCAUCGAGUCGCUCAGGGAUCGAGUGUUUUCUACCAAAUCGGACGUCUGGUCUUUCGGCGUCGUUUUGUGGGAACUGUUUUCUUUGGCGAGAACUCCUUAUCCCCUGAUAAGACCUGAGGAUAUGUGCCGAAAACUAGCCGAAGGUUAUCGUAUGGAGAAACCGCCGUACGCGCCGAGAAGCAUUUACCAAAUGAUGCUUCGUUGCUGGAAUGCGGAGCCGUCGGAACGACCGUCGUUCGAAAAGCUGACGAUCAACAUAGCCGAGCUGAUUGAAGAGCACGUGAAAACGACGAAGUAUUAGGAAGCGGUGCAUUCGGCGUAGUGAGGAAGGCACAGGCAAAGACGAUCUGCUCACGCGAAACAGUCACGACAGUUGCGGUCAAGACGGUCCGACCGACGGCCAACCUGAACUGCAUGAAGGCCCUUCUUCGCGAACUCAGGAUUCUCGUUUACUUGGGUCAACAUCUGAACAUUGUCAACCUUCUCGGCGCGUGCACAAAAAAUAUUGAUUUGGGCGAACUCUUGGUCAUCGUCGAAUACUGCCGGUACGGGAAUUUACACGACUACUUGGUGCGACGCAGAGUCAACUUCAUCGAUCAAUUGAACGAAUUCGGAAAAAAACUAUGCGAUUCGGCUGCCCGUGAAGACGCGA